AUGUUAUCUGACAAUGCGACAACAUAUGUAGCAUCAGCGAAAGAAAUUGAAAGGCUAACUUCAUCACCAACACUUCAAGCAACAUUGAAUAGUCAAGGGACAGAGUGGAAGUUCAUACCGAAGCGAGCGCCUUGGUAUGGCGGUUUUUGGGAAAGACUCAUUGGAUUAACAAAAAAUUGUAUCAAGAAAGUUUUAGGACGAUCUUAUGUGAGUUUAGAUGUACUUAAUACCACAGUAAUAGAAGUAGAGGCGAUUCUAAAUGACCGUCCGUUGACAUACAUAUCUACAGAUCCGAUAGACGAGGACCCACUGACUCCAUCUCAUUUAUUAUAUGGAAGGAAAAUCGUAUCAUUACCGUAUCCUAGCAACCAACACGUCGACGAGAACCUUGUACAAGACUUUACGCAUUCUUCCUCAAACAAACUUUAUACAGUACAAUGCCAGAUAAUUAAGCAUUUCUGGUGUAGAUGGAAGAAGGAAUAUUUAACCGCUUUACGCGAAUUUCAUCGCAUCAACGGUAAUAAUGAACAGGAUAUCAAAGUUGGUGACAUCGUUCAAAUAUACGACGAAACUCCCAGGAUUAAUUGGCAACUAGCUAUUAUAAAAGAACUUGUUUUUGGACAAGAUGGACUCAUAAGGUCAGUUAUGUUAAAAACGAAAAACGGAAUAACAUCAAGGCCAAUAAAGAAACUUUACCCUUUGGAAAUAAGUACGAAUGAAGUCAACACAUGCGACACAAAGGAACAGGAUCAUGAUUCAAACACACCGAAAGAUCGCAAGGCAAAACGUGUAGCAGUAGAACGAAUCAGGACUUGGACUAUAGGGAGAACAUGA